AUGGUUUCACUUUUAUUGGAUGAGUUCCGCCCCCUUCUGACAACGCAACGCAACAGUGUGGAUACCAUUGCGCCUGCUAUUUUCGCUUUGCCGGAUUUUCUUGCGGAGAACAAGUACCAAGACAUUAAGAGUCCAGUUAAUACUCCUCUGCAGAAGGCAUUUAACAUGGAUGUACCAGGAUUUGUUUGGGCACUGACUCAACCAGAGAGACUGGGCCACAUGCACCGAUACAUGGAGGCAGAACAGCAAGGAAUGCAAUCGUGGUUUGACGUCUACCCCAUAGAUGAACGAUGUCGUGAUUUAGAACCACAACAGGUUCUAUUUGUUGACGUUGGGGGCGGACUAGGUCAUCAAGCCGUCGCUUUAAAGAAGCAACUGCCCGAGGUUCAUAACCCUGCCAUUGUGCAGGACUUGAAUGUCGAUGCCAGUGAUUUUAUACAGCAUCCAGGCGUGGAGCCUAUGAAAUUCGAUUUCUUUCAACCCCAGGUUGUUCAAGGAGCCCGGAUCUAUUACUUUCGGAUGAUCAUGCACGACUAUACAGAUGAACAAGCUGUGGCUAUCCUCAAGAACACUAUUUGUGUCCUUGGGUCUGAUUCUGUCAUUCUCAUUGAUGACAUGGUUCUCCCUGAUUUGGGAGUCCAUUGGCAGGCUACCCAGUUUGACCUUACUAUGAUGACAACGAUGGCCUCGCAAGAGCGCACAGCGGGGCAAUGGCAUACUUUGAUGGAAAAGGCAGGCUUGCAGCAGGAAAACGCUGGAAGU